GCUCCUUCAAUUCACUUUGUGCAUGUACCUGUUCUUGUUCUUGGCCACACAAAGCUACACACUUUGCUCAUUGCAAAUUGCAAAUCUCUUUCUCUCAUAUCUAGCUAGCUCUGCUGAUUCUGUAUCUUGGAGUUGCAAAUCUUUGUUUGUUUUGAUAGAUUUCUGUCUGAAGCUGUGUGUCAGUGUGAUCGAAUGAGCUUGGUGAGCUCGAGUAGUGGUGAGGAAGGAGGAGGAGGGAAGCAGCAGCUGCUGAUGAGCUCGAGGAUCGUGUCGUCGUCGUCGAGGGAUCGCGCCGCCGGCGGGGUGGUAGCCAACGCGUCGUUCCGGGUGUACUACAGCCUCGGCGCCGCCGGCACCGUGCCGUUCGUCUGGGAGUCCAAGCCGGGCACGCCCAAGAGCACCGUCGUGCCGGCGUCGGCCGCCGACGGCGGCUACGCCUUGCCGCCCAUCUCGCCGCCGCCGUCGUACCAGCGGUCGUGUAACUACUCCCAGUCGUCGCCGCCGUCGUCGUCGUCGUCGAAGGCGGCCAAGAAGCGCAGGAGGAAGCUGUCGUCGUCGACGUCGUCGUCUUGGUCCUCUUCACCAGGAGGAGGAGGAGGAGGAGGUUGGAUGAGCUGGCUGACGAGCUUCAGGAGGCGGCCGUGGUGGCCGCCGUCGCCGUCGAAGACGUACCGCCGGCGCUGGCUUGGGCAGGACAGCGGCGUCGCCGUCGACGACGUCGUCCGGCGGUCGCCGCGCCGCCGUGCCGUCACGUGCUUCGGAGCCGCCGGCAAAGAGCACUGGUGAAUCCACUGAAUUUGGUGUCCUGUGCGUCAAAUAUAAUUGAAGGCUUUAUAAUUAAUCAAUUAAUUAGCUGCUGCAUUUCUUGUGGUGCUAAUUAAUUAAUUAAUUAAGUGUAUUUUCAUAGGCGUCACAUUAGUAACACAGGGUCUGAAGAGUACAGUGUUGUGGUGUUUGUGCUGGAGCUUUUUCAUAUUCUUUUUUUUAGGUUGGAUUAGUCUUUUCCUUAUGAUAGAUUUCUUGCAGAGUUUGGUUGUUAAUUUGGAGGAUUAAUAAUUGUGUCUGUCUGAAACUUUAGUGUUUGGACUUUUCUACUAGGAUAGUUGGAUAUUCAUGAACUGAUGACCAACGUAUUCUUCGAGAGAGAAAUUUACGAUACUAUUUUACCGAGAGGUAUCAAAAUUUUAAUGUAAAAUUUUAUUCCUCCUAGUACCUAAAUAU